UACAGCUGUAACCUGAUGAUUUAUUCUGAUCAAUUUGUUUUUUUGGAUCAAUCAACAGAUAAAUUAUGUUCAAUUAGAUUUCGUUGUUAAUAAUUUCAUAUUAUCAUUGAUUAAAAACAUACGUUACGGUUACAUCAGCCAUCAUGUCAGCGUCAGCAAUCUAUUUUCUGGAUCUUAAAGGCAAGGUCCUAAUAUCUCGAAAUUAUCGUGGUGAUACCGAUAUGAAUAUUAUCGAUAAAUUCAUGGCAUUAGUCGUCGAACGUGAAGAGGAAAGUUCAUUGAAUCCUAUUAUUCGUUAUCAGGAUGCAACAUUUAUGUACAUAAAAUUUAAUAAUUUGUACAUUGUUGUGACAACAAAAAAGAAUGCCAACGUAGCUUUAGUGUUUUCAUUUCUACAUAAAAUUGUUGCCGUAUUUUCCGAAUAUUUCAAAGAAUUAGAAGAAGAAAGUAUUCGUGAUAAUUUUGUGCUUAUCUACGAACUAUUGGAUGAAAUGAUGGAUUUUGGUUAUCCACAAAUAACUGAUGGUAAAAUUCUACAAGAAUAUAUUACACAGGAAAGUCAUAAGAUGGAGAUAGCACCGAAAGUACCGAUGGCUGUAACAAACGCCGUUUCAUGGCGUACAGAAGGUAUUCGUUAUCGUAAAAAUGAAGUUUUUCUUGAUGUUAUCGAAUCAGUUAAUCUAUUGGCUAAUGCAAGUCAAGCAAUAUUGAAUAGUGAAAUUAUUGGAUCAAUUAAAAUGCGUGUUUAUCUAUCCGGUAUGCCGGAAUUAAGACUUGGCCUUAAUGAUAAAGUUUUAUUCGAAAGUACUGGCCGUGGUAAAAGUAAAUCAGUCGAAUUAGAAGAUGUAAAAUUUCAUCAAUGUGUUCGUUUAUCACGAUUUGAAAAUGAUCGUACUAUUUCAUUCAUACCGCCGGAUGGUGAAUUUGAACUAAUGUCUUAUCGAUUAAAUACGGCAUCAAGUGUAAAACCAUUAAUAUGGAUCGAAUCAAAUAUCGAUCGCCAUGCACAUUCACGUGUAGAGAUUAUGGUCAAAGCAAAAAGUCAAUUUAAACGUCGAUCAACAGCUAAUAAUGUUGAGAUUAUUAUACCAGUACCUGCGGAUGCUGAUUCACCAAAAUUUAAAACAUCUAUCGGUACGGUACGAUAUACACCCGAAGUGAACAGUAUGGUAUGGACGAUAAAAUCAUUUCCAGGCGGUAAAGAAUAUCUAAUGCGUGCACAUUUUGGAUUGCCAUCGGUUAGUGGUGAUGAAAUUGAAGGCCGACCACCGAUACAUGUUAAAUUUGAGAUACCAUAUUUUACAACAUCAGGCAUACAAGUUCGAUAUUUGAAAAUAAUUGAAAAAAGUGGCUAUCAAGCAUUACCAUGGGUUCGUUAUAUAACACAGAAUGGUGAUUAUCAAUUACGAACUAAUUGAUGAAUUC